AUGACCUCCCGCACCCCGCACGAGCACGUCGAGAACAAUACCGACCCCGCUGACGUCCGUUCUCUGAACGGAAUGCAGACCAUCAAAUGCGUCGUCGUCGGUGACGGUGCCGUCGGCAAGACCUGUCUGCUCAUCUCGUACACCACCAACAAGUUCCCAUCAGAGUAUGUCCCUACCGUGUUCGACAACUAUGCCGUCACUGUCAUGAUUGGCGAGGACCCCUACACUCUCGGUCUGUUCGACACUGCCGGACAGGAGGACUACGACCGUCUGCGACCCUUGUCGUACCCGCAAACCGACGUGUUCCUCGUGUGCUUCAGCGUCGUGUCGCCCGCGUCGUUUGAGAACGUCAAGGAAAAGUGGUUCCCCGAGGUCCACCACCACUGCCCCGGCGUUCCCUGCCUCAUCGUCGGUACCCAGGUCGACCUGCGUGACAGCGAGGGCGACAGGAACAAGACCCUCGAGAAGCUUGCCACUACCAGGCAGCGUCCCAUCACCACCGAGCAGGGCGAGCGUCUUGCCCGCGAGCUUGGCGCCGUCAAGUACGUCGAGUGCUCGGCACUCACCCAGCGCGGUCUCAAGAACGUCUUUGACGAGGCCAUCGUCGCCGCUCUCGAACCACCCGUUGUGAAGAAGAAGCGUGGAUGUGUCGUCCUCUAA